AUGAGCGGUGGCUUGGUGAUGCAGUUCGUCCUGGCGAUUCCUCUGCUCUGGACUUACCUUACAGCGCUGGAAACCCCUGAACUGGAGAAGGUGAAACAUGCAAUGGGAACUCCUUCAAGAGUGAAACGUGGCUGGGUGUGGAACCAAUUUUUUGUCCCAGAGGAAAUGAACACUAGUCAUCUUGUUGGCCAGCUAAGAUCUGAUUUAGACAAUGGAAACAAUUCUUUCCAGUACAAACUCUUGGGAGCUGGAGCUGGAGAUAUCUUUACCAUUGAUGAAAAAACGGGUGAUAUCCAUGCCAUAAAGAAGCUCGACAGAGAGCAACAGUCCCUCUACAUCCUAAGAGCCCAGGUAAUCGACACCACCACUGGGAAGGCUGUGGAGCCUGAGUCUGAGUUUGUCAUCAGAGUGUCGGAUGUCAAUGACAAUAAGCCACAAUUUCUGCAGGAACCUUAUGAGGCCAGUGUUCCAGAGAUGUCUCCAGAAGGAACAUUUGUCAUCCAGGUUACAGCAAGUGAUGCUGACGAUCCUUCAACGGGCAACAACGCUCGCCUCCUAUACAGCUUACUACAUGGCCAACCAUAUUUUUCUGUUGAACCAACAACAGGAGUUAUAAGGAUAUCUUCUAAAAUGGAUAGAGAAUUACAAGAUGAGUAUCAAGUUAUUAUUCAAGCCAAAGAUAUGAUUGGUCAGCCGGGAGCACUGUCGGGAACAACAAGUGUAUUAAUUAAACUUCAAGAUAUUAAUGAUAACAAGCCUAUAUUUAAAGAAAGUUUUUACCGCAUGACAGUUUCUGAAUUUGCAUCCACUGGGACUUCUAUAGGAAAAAUCAUGGCACAUGAUAAUGACAUAGGAGAAAAUGCAGAAAUGGAUUACAGCAUUGAAGAGGAUGGCUCUCAGACAUUUGACAUAGUCACUGAUAAUGAGACCCAAGAAGGAAUAGUUAUACUGAAAAAGAAAGUAGAUUUUGAGCGCCAGAACCACUAUGGCAUCAGAGCCAAAGUCAGGAAUCGCCACGUGGAAGAGCACCUCAUGCAAUAUCACACCGAAGCUUCAACCACUUUCAUUAAGGUGCAGGUGGAAGACGAAGACGAACCUCCUGUUUUCCUGCUCCCUUACUACAUUUUCCAAAUUGCUGAAGGAAAUCCACAGGUGUCAAUUGUAGGCGUCGUGUCUGCCACAGACCCAGAUCACACAAAAUCGCCUAUCAGGUAUUCAAUUGUCAGAAGCAAAAUGUUCAGCAUUGAUAACAAUGGCACAAUUAUCACAACUAACACCCUUGACCGGGAGACCAAUGCUUGGUACAACCUCAGUGUUAGAGCCACGGAAGUAUACAAUGUACGUCAGAUUUCUUCAGUUCCCGUGCAUGUACAAAUUCUUGACAUUAAUGAUCACGCUCCUGAGUUCUCUGAACACUACGAGAGCUAUGUCUGUGAAAACGCAGGCCCUGGACAGGUAAUUCAGACUAUCAGUGCAGUGGAUAGAGAUGAAUCCACUGAAGACCACCAUUUCUAUUUCAAUCUCUCUGUGGAAGACACAAACAUCUCAAGUUUUACCAUCAUAGACAAUCAAGAUAAUACAGCUAUAAUUUUGACCAAUAGAACUGGUUUUAAUCUUGAAGAAGAAGCUGUCCUGUACAUAUCCAUCUUAAUUGCCGACAAUGGAAUCCCAUCACUGACAAGCACAAACACCCUUACAGUGCAUGUCUGUGACUGUGGUGAUGCUGGGAACACUGAGUCCUGCAGGAAUAAGGAGCUUGCACUUUCCUUGGGAUUCAUGAUAGAACUCGUGAUUGCUAUUCUGAUCUGCAUUGUGAUAAUAUUUGGGUUUGUUUUAUUGACGUUGGGUCUGAAACAGCGAGGAAAGCAGACUCCGUUUCCCGAGAAAGGUGAAGGCUUUGGAGAAAACAUAUUCAGCUACAACGACGAAGGGGGCGGAGAAGACGACACGGAGGCCUUUGACAUCGUGGAGCUGAGGAGCAGCUCCGUGCGGCGGGAGCGCAAGCUUCGGCAGUCCACCGCCUCCGACAUCCGGAGCCUGUACCGACAGUCCCUGCAGGUGGGCCCAGACAGCGCCAUAUUCCGGAAAUUCAUUCUGGAGAAGCUCCAGGAGGCCGACACGGAUCCUGGAGCGCCUCCUUUCGACUGCCUUCAGACCUAUGCCUUUGAAGGAACCGGCUCAACUGCAGGAUCCCUGAGCUCCUUGGGGUCAGCAGCCUCUGACCAGGAGGAAAACUACGAAUACCUUAACGAGUUGGGACCCCGCUUUAAACGCUUGGCAUGCUUGUUUGGUUCUGCAGUGCAGACCCACAGUUAG